UCAUCUCCCAAAUAGGAUGAGCAGCCAGUGUGCUGGAGGCGCCGCGGAUGGUCCGGACCGAUUCGCUGUUAGUUUUUUGGAGCUUUCUUUGUUCACUUUCAGUUGGUCUUGGCGGACUGUCUUGUUUCCACACGAGACGGAUUUCCAAUGGAUAUUCCCGUGUGAAGAAGGAGCGCGCGCGUUACCACGGCUGAAGUAAAGACAUAGUGAGGAGCCAGUGCAAAAAAUGAGGUCGGAGGUCUUGUUGCUGUAUUUCACCCUGCUACAGAUGGCUGGGGCUGCCUUCCCAGAGGACUCGGAGCCAAUCACUAUUUCACAUGGCAACUAUACAAAACAUUAUCCAGUGUUUGUUGGACACAGACCAGGAAGGAACAACACACAACGGCACAAAUUGGAUAUUCAGCUGAUCGUCAUAACGAAUCGGACUCUUUAUAUAGCCGCAAGGGAUCACAUAUAUACAGUGGACAUCGAAACAGCCAACACGGAGGAGAUCUUUUUCAACAAGAAACUGACAUGGAAGUCCAGGCAACCUGAUGUGGAUACCUGUAGAAUGAAAGGAAAGCACAAGGACGAAUGCCACAAUUUCAUCAAGGUCCUUCUCCAGCAAAAUGAUGACACCUUGUUUGUGUGUGGGACCAAUGCAUUCAACCCUUCUUGUCGAACCUACAAGACGGACACACUGGAUGCACUUGGGGAGGAGAUUAGUGGAAUGGCUCGGUGCCCGUAUGAUGCCAAGCAUGCCAACAUGGCCCUGUUUGCUGAUGGAAAGUUGUACUCUGCUACGGUCACUGAUUUUCUGGCCAUCGAUGCCGUUAUUUAUCGUAGCCUGGGAGACAGCCCAACACUGCGCACAGUAAAACAUGAUUCAAAAUGGCUGAAAGAGCCCUACUUUGUUCAGGCAGUGGAUUAUAGGGACUUCAUUUACUUUUUCUUUCGAGAAAUUGCUAUGGAAUACAACACCAUGGGAAAGGUGGUCUUCCCACGAGUGGCGCGUGUGUGUAAAAAUGACCGUGGUGGCUCACAGCGUGUCCUGGAGAAACAGUGGACAUCUUUCCUGAAAGCUCGCCUCAACUGCUCCAUUCCAGGAGAUUCGCACUUCUACUUCAACAUCCUGCAGGCCGUCACUGACGUCAUCCACAUCAAUGGCCGUGAUGUUGUCAUGGCCACUUUCUCCACACCAUUUAACAGCAUUCCAGGCUCGGCUGUGUGCGCCUACGACAUGGCGGACAUCGCCACAGCUUUCACUGGCCGUUUCAAAGAGCAGAAGUCACCUGAGUCGACCUGGACACCCGUACCUGACGAGAAAGUUCCCAAGCCCAGACCAGGCUGCUGUGCUGGAACACCAUCAGCAGAGAAGUACAAAGUGUCCAACGAGUUUCCAGACGACACACUAAACUUCAUCAAGAUGCACCCAUUGAUGGAUGAGGCCGUACCCUCCAUUGCCAACCGGCCCUGGUUUCUCAAGACGAUGGUUCGAUAUCGGCUCACUCGCAUUGCAGUGGAUAAUGCCGCCGGGCCUUAUCGUAACUAUACCAUUGUUUUCCUGGGCUCUGAGAGGGGCAUCAUCCUUAAGUUCCUGGCUAAAAUAAGCAGUGGCUUUCUGAACGACAGCCUCUUCCUGGAGGAGCUGAGCAUCUAUAACCCAGAGAAGUGCAGCAUUGACGGGGUGGAUGACAAGCGCAUCAUCAGCAUGCAGAUCGACAGCAAGAGUCACUCACUCUUCGUGGCAUUCACAUCUUGUGUGGUUAAGGUGCCACUGUCACGCUGUGAGCGACAUGGGAAGUGCAAAAAAUCCUGUAUCGCCUCCAGGGAUCCAUACUGCGGCUGGGUGUCGGAAGGCACGUGCCGAGAAAUCACAAGCACAAAAUGGCCGUUCGAGCAGGACGUGGAGCAGGGCAACACAGAUGGACUGGGAGACUGCCAAAACUCCUUUGUGGCUCUAAAUGGCCACUCCACCUCUUCUCUCAGCACUGUGCAUCCCAAAGAUCCCCCUGAACCUACUGAUAAGAGGGACCCUUAUAUUGCAGUGCCCUCUCUAACCCAGCAUGAGUCCACCGGCGUGAUUCGUGAGAGCUUCCAGAAGGGUCGUGAUCAGAUGGUGCCCAUCACUCUACUAGCUGUGGCUGUGGUCCUGGCAUUUAUCAUGGGUGCUGUCUUCUCUGGUAUUGUGGUCUACUGUGUGUGUGACCAUCGCCGGCGCCAUCUUGAGCUCUCUGCACGCAAAAAAAACAAGGAGGCUGUGAACUCCAGGCGAGGCUCCAUGAACAGUGUCACCAAGCUGACAGGCCUAUUCGAGACGCAAGCCAAAGAUGGCCGACCCGAGGCCAUCCUCGCUCCUCUGAUGCACAAUGGUAAGACACUCAUCAAAGCCGAGGAGCAGCAGCACCUGGACCUGGUGGCACUUCCCACACCUGAAUCAACACCCAUGCAGCUGCGCCGCAAGCCCAGCCGUGUCAGCCGGGAUUGGGAGAGGAACCAGAACCUAAUCAAUGCCUGUGCCAAAGAGCUGGCCUCCAUGGGCUCACCUAAUGUCUUAAUAGGCACUGACCUGCCACUGAGAGCGUCUCCAGGCCACAUCCCCAGUGUCGUGGUGCUACCUUUACAACAGCACCAGCAGGUCUACCAGCACCAGCAUGAGUAUGUAGAGCAGCCACAUCGCACAGAUUUGCCUGAUGAUCAAGCAGCCACACUGGAGUACAAAGCAAUGAAGAGCCCAUGCCACACUGUCAUGGUGGAUUCAGAUGUGGUGCCACCCCGUGUGCCCCAAAGGGAGGCCUCAUUAGCAGCUGUGGUUCCUCCAGCUGUUCCUCAGAUGGGCAAGAGGCUAGAUAUGUACUGUCGUGGAUACCCAAUGGGUCUAAAGAAACAGCAACACAACACCAAUUCAUCCAAUUCCUCUCACUUGUCAAGGAAGCGCAGCUUUAGCCGUGCUGAGACACCACCCCCGGCUCCACAGAGGCUUGACUCCAUGCACGUUUCUUCUCCUUCAGGCCUUUCACGUCAUUCCAGCUUGAGUUCAUAUGGCUCGUUGCCUCGCUGCAGCUCCAGGCAUCGCAAACCAGACGUCCCACCCAAGCCUUCACAGUUCGCCCUCUCUGGGAAAGUUAAGUGUAGCGACUCUGGGACAUAAUCAGUGCAACUUGGUCAGGGGAACAUGAAACCUGUGUUGUACAGCUGUGUACAGGAAGUGCUCACUGUUUUUUUAAGAAAACACACAAAAUAAACAUUUUUCACAUAAAUGUACGUGUUUAACUCAGGCUGCUGAUUCCCUCAUGGUGAAAGAUGUAAACACCUGCUACAAGAAAGAGAGGGACUCUCAAAUCUCUUGUCACUGAGCCAGAUUUUGUUAUUUUGCUCAGUUUUUUAAGACAACAGUAUGCCAGGCUGAGGACAUGACCAUGUCGCAACUGGCGUUUUCUUUACAGCCUGCCAAAAGCACAUUGUGCAUCAUAGAGAGGAGUGUAAUUGCAUAGUUCUAAAGCUGGGAUAUACUCCAGUUAGAGAAAAAACAAUACACAUGUACAACAGCAAUCUCAGUCUUGAACAACAGCUGGUUUACAAAGGAAAACUGUGAAGUAAAAUUAAAAAAAAAAAUGAAAUGCCUCUCUCAGUGUUGCAGCUACAGGACACAGCAAUCAAGUUCUGCCUUCAGUGAGGUCUGAAAAAUUGUCUACUGUAACAGGUGACUGAAUAACCCAUGACUGUUAGUACUAAUAGCUGGUUGUAUUUAUUUUUUAAUAAGUGCUUUUGAAGAAAGACUGACACUUUUUAGACUCAGAGAGAGAGAGAGAGAGAGAACUUUUUAAUUUUUAAUUAAUUAUGUAAAAUUAUUUAAAGUCAUUCAACUGGAGCCAGUACAACUCAUUGAAGCAAAGUCCUCUAACUUUUCAGAUGUUUCGAAGUGAGCUAUGGAGGGAAUUAAGACCUCUGAGGAACUUUCCCAGAGGAGUUCGAGAAAUGUUAAGAUCAAGGUUCACACCAAGAUGAAUCUCCCUUUGUGAAAAAUACAUUGAAGAGGAAAGAAAAUCAAACAAUCCUCAAACUGGAGCUCCUUAAACACACCUUCACUUCUCCAUGUGCAUCCUCAUUCAGCACUGUGGAUUGUGUCAGCAACCUCUAUUCCUAAUGGCCAUAGCUUCACUGAGUGCCAUUCUGGCUCACGUUUUGCAUGGAAGUGUGCAAAGACUGAGCUGAGGAAGAACGUCAAGAAAAUACCCAUAUUAUUUGCAACACAAAUGGAUGGAUGCUGGCGCAUGGCCAGUAUGGCUGAAAGGUAUAAUUUCAUAAUCUCAUCUUCAUACAAACCCUGUUAUUGAAUUACAUGUUUGAUAGCCUGUUUUUUGUUGUUUGUUUCUUCCAUGUGUAAAUUUGUGCCUUACACCCCUGAGUAGUGAAGAGUUUGUUAGGUGUUAACUGUUACCUAGUAGUCCUUAUGAUUAUGUAUUUUCCUUGUUUGAUAAAAAAAAAAAAGCAACUAAAGAAUGUAGGUAUUCUUGUUGUUCAUUCUGGUCACUUUGGAAAUAUUGGGUGGGCAGGGCUAACCACACAACAUAUUUUGUAACUGAUUUCUAAAUGUGCCAAUGAAACACUUGAAAGCAGCCCCUUUGUUGUGCUAGCAGUGCUGUCAGUGUUGUUAUUUUGUUUUUCAUUUUUUUGUUGUUUUUUCAGGGGCUGGUCAUGUUCUUACUUUUGCUUCACAAUUUGAAGAUUAACUGUAUAUUCUUGGGAAAGUCUCCUUAGUUCUGGCUGGUACUAUGUUUUUAAAAUGGCUAAUUGGCUAAACAGAUGAAAUUCAGCUUCUUAAAGUCUAAUUUCUCUCAGCAAAUGACACCAAGCUCUUAAUAUACAUGUUGAAAUCGAGUUUCGAGGCAGGAAAUACAGGCUGGCUCCUGUGGAAAGAAAAGCACUUGAAUAAUAUUAGGGAACAAUUUAAUGCUUUUGAUGUUUAUGACAGAUGCCAACUAAUAUAAUUUCCUAACUAUAGCAUUAUUAUGUACAAUGAGGGUUUUAAUCAGAUUCAUCAGAUUUGAGUAUUUAACUACUUCCCUGAAACAUUUUAUAGCUCAAAAUUUCCACAAAUGAUCAAAACACUCACCUAGUCUAGUCUAGGUAGACUGGCAUAGAUUGGAAAUUACUGCAUUUCCUAUCAGCAGUUCCUUCCAAUAUGGAAGUUACUCGUCAGUCAGAGUGAAGGGUAGCAGGAUUUGCCCCUUCCUCUCCUCUACUCAUAUGUUACUUGGACUAACAUGUACAUAGGUUCAGACUGCAUUGGCUGUCUCGGAUCAGAUUAGGAGUAGUGAAGGGCCACUCCGACUCACUCACUUAUUUUCUGAGUAAUGAAUGUUGGCCUGUGGUUUUUGAUGCUGAUUGCGGACAGUGGGCUCUUUGGCGUGCCUUUUGUUUUUGACCCCGUCUGCUACACACUGCUAGAGGUGAACAGAGAUGGACAUUCCAAAAUCGCUUGAAGUUUAUACACUUGUAAAAUAUUGUUCUGUCACAAGGUUUUUUCCUUGUCUUUCUCCAACCUCCUUAACAUCUGAUUCAUAAGUAAAUGUAUGUUGUAAAGACAUUCUCUUUAAUAAAUGAAAAAAGCUAAUAAAAACAUUUAAAA